AGUUGUAAGGGAGUGGGGGAGAGAGUCAGUCUGAGUUCUCUGUCUGCGUAUGUUAAUAUCAGAUUGGAAAGGCUUCGUACACAUAUAUCUUCUGUGUGUACGUGUGUGUGUGUGUGUGUCUAUCUGUAUCUCUCUAUAACCUGGAGAGAGAGAAAGAGGGGUGAGAUGGUAUAAGGCAAAGACAGCCUUGACUGAGCCAGCUUGAGCUAGCCUGACCCAGCACAAUGUUGGAGACAGAGAUCAAGGAGGAGUCGGUGGUGCAGCGGCUGGAGAAGGGGACGGCAGUGAAACGCUACUCCUAUAGACACAGACCAGAGGACGGUACACUCAGGAUACGGCGAGAGACACACCAUAUAAUAUGGACUGUCAGUCAGAAUACUUCAGAACUAAUAACCUCCCUGGCAGACAUCAAGGAAGUGCGGGCAGGACAGGGAUCCAGGGACUUCAAAAAGUGGAUGGACACAAAGGAAGCUCAUAAACAUGAAAACACAUGUUUUGUUAUUUACUAUGGAAAGAAAUUCAAAUUAAGAUCCCUUUCUAUAGCUGCCAUUGGGGAAUCAGAAUGCAAAGACUGGAUCCUGGGACUGGAGCACCUCAGAAAGGAGUAUCCAGAUGUACCAUACAUUAUCCGUCUUGAAAGAUUUCUCCGCACAGAAUUCUACAACAUGGAAAACCGAGAGAACAAAAUAACAAUGCGAGAUGUGAAGAACUUUCUGCCCAAGAUUCAUUACCGGACCACCAACCCUCGAGUAAAAUCCCUGUUUGAUUCAGUGGAUGACCAGAGGCGAGGAGAGAUUGGCUUUGACCAAUUCCUGGAGCUCAUCAAGAGGAUCACUUGGGAAGAACCAGAAGAUAGUGAAUUGUGGGACCUUCUGAAUGAAUACAGUACAGAUCAACGCACUGUGUCUAUGCUGGAUUUCCAGCAUUUCCUUGUGGAGAAGCAGCAUGAACAAGAGCAUAAUGCAGGCUCCAUUAUAAAAGAUUUUGUGCAAGACCCUCAAAGAAAUGUAGAGGAACCUUAUUUUUAUAUGGAAGAGUUCAUUCAAUACCUGUUCUCUAAAUCUAAUGAAGUUUGGGACCGACGCAACAAUCAUGUUAUCCAGGACAUGACUCAGCCACUUUCCAAUUAUUGGAUUGCCUCCUCACACAAUACGUAUCUGACAGGAGACCAGCUACAGAGCGUUUCAUCUCCAGAAGCCUAUGCCCGAGUAUUACGUAUGGGUUGCCGAUGCAUUGAGCUGGACUGCUGGGACGGUCACGAGGACAACCCUGUGGUCUUCCAUGGUCACACCUUCACAAGCAAAAUUCAGUUCACAGAUGUUAUUGAAACCAUUCGGGAUCAUGCAUUUGUUACCUCCAAAUAUCCAGUCAUUCUUUCCAUUGAGAAUCACUGCGACCUCCCUCAACAGAAGGUGAUGGCCUGGGAGUUCAAGAAGACAUUUGGCAGCAUGCUCCUCACAGUGCCGUACAGGGCCAACGAACAAUUCAUGCCUUCUCCGGAGGAACUCCAAGGAAAGAUCAUACUCAAGCAAAGAAAACUUCCUCGGGGGGUGGAUGAAAUCACUCCCCUGAUUGCCAACAUGGAUGAACAAGGAGGAGAAUUGGGAGUUGAUCAGUACCAGUUGAAUGAUCGUCUUUUCCUGAAAAAUCCAGUGGAUCCUACAGCAUGGCAGCCUCAUCUGUUCUUCCUAUCUCAAAAAAGUCUUCGCUACAUUGAGCCAGAUCCAGACAUAGAAGAUCAGGCCAGCGGCUAUAGGCAAUCUAAUGGCGAUAAUGACGAUCAGCAUCAAAUAUGGUACCAUGGGAAGAUGCCUGGAGGAAGAACUAAGGCAGAGGAACUUCUGAAGCAAUACAGCUCCUGGGGCAACGGAACAUUCCUUGUUCGACACUCUGAAAACUUCAUUGGUGACUACACUCUGUCCUUCUGGAAUGAGGGGAAAUCAAGCCACUGCCGCAUCCGUACACGGCAGGAGGGUGACAUGACCACCUACAGGCUGAAGGAAGUGGACAGCUUCCCCAGCCUCAAAGCCCUUAUUGAAAACUAUAGCAACUUUCCUAUCCAUGCUAAGGAUAAUAACAACCACUGCCGAAAUGAAGUCAAUGUGGUUUUGGGGAAGCCAGUUCCCCGUUUAGAAUGGUAUAAUGGAAACCUAUCCAAGGAAGACGGCGAAGACUGCAAUUUCUCCAUUCGUGCCCAGUGGUACCAUCCAAACAUGUCCAAAGAAGAGGCUGAAGACUAUUUGAACCGCAUCCAGAAAUGUGGUGCCUUCCUCGUUCGGCCCAGCAAUGACUGUAGAAAUAUUACAAUUUCCUUCAGGGCUGAAGAUCGCACCAAACACUGCCGGGUAAGACAAGAGGACCUUUUUACUCUUGGCACAGCUCAGUUUGAAACGAUUGACCUUGUUGGAUAUUACAAGCAAUAUCCUCUCUAUCACAAUGUAAGACUACGUUACCCAGUGACCAGGCGGGUGAUUGAAUCCCUCUCAGAGCAGGAGCAGCUUGGUGUGGGACAGCCAGGAGGUUACAUCUCUUGCCUCAGGAAUAUUCAGGUGAUAGCAAAGUACAGGUACACUGCUCAGAAUGCAGAUGAGCUCACUUUCCCAAGACAUGCCAUUAUCCAGAAUGUGAACAAGGUGGAGACAGAGUGGUGGAAGGGGGACUAUGGGGGAUCACGGCAGCACUGGUUCCCAGCCAACUACGUGGAGGAGAUCCAGCCAGACAGCAUUGAUGAAGAGGGAGAGGACAGCAAGAUGUUUGGUGACUUACAGAAAGGCAACCUGGACCUGCGAGGAGCUGAGGCAGCAGUGGAGCCCUAUGAGGAGGACAACCCAUGGGGCAUCAGAUAUAUCAUAAGACUAAUGUUAGCUAGUGUUUACCAAGAGCUGAAGAUUGGCUGUGUUUCGGAGCAACAGGCCAAAGAUUGGAAGGACAAGAUAAACCGUGUUGCUGCAAAAGGAGAUUUGGCAAGUGCCACCGUUCAGACUCGCCAACAGGAGACUGAGCAGCGCAUCAGCCGGAAGCUGAGUAACCUGGUGGUGUAUUUCCAAUGUGUGAACUUCAAAGUGGAGCGGCCUUCCCCCUAUGAAAUAUCCUCUUUUCCGGAAAGCAAGAUGGAGCGCCACAUACAGACCAUCCCAAAGGCCCUUAUUGAUUUUCACAGGAUUGGGUUCAGUCGUGUGUAUCCAAAGGCAACACGUGUGGAUUCAUCAAAUUACAACCCAAUGCCUAUGUGGAACCAUGGCUGUCAAAUGGUGUCUCUUAACUACCAGACUGGAGAUAAACAUAUGCAAGUGAAUGAAGGAAUGUUCUUGCAGAAUGGGAAGUGUGGCUAUGUGCUGAAACCCAAAUAUCACAUGGAUCCCGAAUAUGAUCCAUCUCGGCCUAACCACUUUAGCGAUUUCUCCGUUGUUCUAGAACUAAAAAUCUUUGGUGCACGGCACCUCAGCAAAUCUGGGCGAGGCUGCAUUUCCCCAUUGGUGGAGGUGGAGAUUAUUGGCUUUGAAGAAGACUCCAAUGGGAAGUGCACCACCAAAACAGUCCGUGACAAUGGCCUCAACCCAACGUGGUGUCACCCAAUGCGCUUCAAUGUGUCAAAUCCUGAAUGCGCUCUGAUUCGUUUUGUGGUCAACGAUGAAGACAUCUUUGGAGAGCCCAACCAGAUAGGACAGGCCACCUAUCCAGUGUUGUGUCUGCGGGAAGGCUUCCGUAGUGUGCCUCUCAAAAAUCAUUAUUCUGAAGAAAUUGAAUUGGCAUCAUUACUCAUCCACCUAAAAAUUAACAAAAUUAGUUGUGGGUUAGCAUCUUCCAGUCCAAGGCUUUCUGUUAGCCCCCACUCACCUCAAUCUGGUGACCAGUCCACCUGAUCCAUCCAGUCCCAUGUACUGCAAUAACUCUCUGCAGAAGUUGAGUGCCUGAUCACUUACCAGUAAGAGAGUGACCGCCACGGAUCUGAGGGUAUAAGUCAUAGUGUAUAUACAGACUUGGUACAGUGGAUUCACAAAAAUAGCCCAUUAAUAAUGUUUUGCCCGUGACAGUUUGACCAGAUCCAUGAUGUGGCACAGGAGGAGCGAGCAAAGCCACUGCUGGUCAUUGGUUCAUAACUGUAGUUACUUUUAAAAACAGGCAAUCAAGUAACACACUGCAUUGUGGCCAUUUAGAUGUUUGGUUUGAGAAUACAAUACAGAACAGAAUUUUGUGAUAUAGUGCAAGCAGAAAUCAUAAGCAUGUGUCUGAGUGACAAUAGGUUAGCAUAGAAAAAACUUAAUAGAUGAAAUAAGUACAAUUAGAUCCAGUAUAUCUUGAAUGUGUGGAAAAAAGGUGCUCUUUAAAGAAGACUUGUAGCAAGCCUAAAGUCUUGAAUGUAAGAGACUUUCAGUAGACAGCAAUGUACUAAGACAAAUAACACGGGCUGACAGAGACUCAUUUGUGUUGAUGAAAUUCAUCUGUUCUCUGAACACUUUUGGUCCUGUCAUUUUGGCAGAAAAUCUUAUCUUAACCCAGAAUCCAUGACUUUGAAAAUACAUAUCACCCUUAUUUUUUGCAUUAUUCUCAACCAAACUAAGAUGGUGUGUUUCAGUAUGUAAUAUUAGGUUUUGAUUAAGAUGACAAUGAUUUUGUAUCGUCAUGAAUCAUGAGAGAAUUGUGAUAUUUAAUAAUUCAUUUAGGAUAAGCCAGUCAGUAUCUUUGGUAAGAAUGUAUCUCAGUUGACUUGUAUAUAAAUAAUUCCUUUAUAUAUUAAAGGGAAAAGUUAAGGAAUUUUGAAUAUUGGUGAUGAUUUCUAUAUUUUUGUUUAUAAAUCUGCCAUUCAAUUUUUCUGUCUACCUUACCAGCUAUACAUACAUCUGGGUCAAGAAUGGAUCAGGGUCCAACAAACAGACAGGCAGUGCAAGGCAAAAUUUAUUUUUAUUUAGGAAAACUGAUCAUAAAACUCCCAGCAACAAUUUAUACUAAUAUUUAUUGCCUCCAAGAACACUAUUUUUUCAUAGUUACUAAUUUUCAUUGUUAUAUUUACAAUUUAAAAAACAAAAACAAAUCAAGCAGUAAUAGUAAGUAAUAGCUGAUCUGUCUUUUCUCAAAGUUCAGUAGCUUGCAUAUGGUUUGAAGUUUAUAAUUAUAAAAUACAUACCAUAUGAAUAUACACACACACACACACACACACACACACACACACACACACACACACACACUUUGACAGGCAGGCAUAGUGUGAGAACAGACAAGCUGAGAUCAUACUCCUAUCAGUGAGUUCAGUCUCUGGCUCAGCAAACACCUGUAGUAUGGGAAGUGUACACUAAAUUAUUAUAUCUGUAUGAAUUAAAGAUCUAUCAGUUAUGUCAGUCUAAGUGCCCAGAUGCAGAUUGAAACUCAGUGUCAGAGAUGCAAAUGUUAACAUGGAUGUUUUAAAUGAUCUUGGGUCUUGGCUGCCCAGUGAUGAUUGCCACCAACAUUGUAGUAUGCCCAGGCUUCAAGAAGAUGCAUCUGCUUCUGGUGCACCCACCAGAAGCAGAUGCAUCUUCCUGAAGCCUGGGCACACACAUUGAGCUAUUACACUUGAAUCCACUGUGUCUGUAUAUAAUCUGUGGUGUUAGUAAUUCUUUAAUAUCACUGUGGGUUGAGGCUUAUAACUUCAGUUCCAUUCUAUGUAAGUCAACUUCUAAGUCAUCCUGUAUGUUGUAUAUCUUAAAUAAGGUAUUAAUUAAUAGCCUAAUUGUUAUUAUUGUAUAAAUGAAUGUAAAUAACUUAAUAGGAGAAAUAUUUGAUAAUUCAUGCUAAAGAUGAAGUCUUAAGUAAACAAAUCCUGUUUGACUGAGAUGGGGCAUGCACUAUGCUAUUUAUUUUAUAUUUUAAGUAAAAAGAUGUCAGGCUCACUAUACUUAAGUCAAAGCUGUUGUGUUGAGAGAAGCUUCCAGUCAAAUACUGAAAAUUACCUAGCUUUUGGCUCCCCUUCCAUAUUACAGGGUAUUGUGAACUCAUUUUUAUACUGCUUAAAUUUUAUGAAGGUAAACAUAUUUGUUACCAAGCAGCCAAGACUAGAAAUUGUCCAGCUAAUAUGCCUUAUUGUAUGAACCAAAAGUAUUUUUAUAAUAGUGAGAAAAUGUGUGACAAUUUUGACAAAAUUUCAUCAUUAACAAUAAUGAUUGAAAACUUAUUUGGCAUGUAUAAGUAAAUUAAUUGAAUGAUGAUAAGGACUUUGUCAUUUCUUUGCCAUUUCAUUUACUUUUGGUAAUUUUCAGUUCAGGUAAACAUGCAAGUAGAAACGAGGGUUGUGGAGUCAGGUGACUUCAGACAAAAAGUGAUUUUUCAAGCAUAACCAUUUGGCAUAUUUUCAUGGUAUGAAUCUGAUUGACUUCACAUGCUAUUACUUUCUGAAAUAAAUAAUGUUUUAAUUGCUUUUGUUUAUGAGAACACCAAUAAUGAUCACAUCAAAAUAUUAGUAUAUGAAUAAGAUUAAGAUACCAUAGUUACUCACAAUGUCAGUCACAAAGCUUCAAGAAUUUGUAGUUUGAAUUUGGCUUGAUCAAGUUUUGCAUUGUGACUCCCUCACAUGACAAACUGCAGCUAACAUCACCACUGUUGUGUGAUUGGUGUAGACAUGACACCACUGUGGAUAUUUUAUCCUCAUCUGCUGUCAGCAUUCUGCUUCACAAGUCAGUAGUGAACUAAGCACAGCAUAUAUGCCCUAAUAAUCACCUUGCUGUAAUGUCACAUCCAGAAAGUGGCUCAUGCUCUAAUUUGCACCCUCACCACACUCACAGAUUACUGGAGACAAGAAAGUAAAGCAAUUGUAGUCAUCAUAAAAAGUUGUCAGUCGUUGCAUGUUAUUGUGUGUUGAUCACCUGCAAAUUUAUUUCACUGAAGCUGAACAUGACCAUCCAAAGAUCCAACUCAACAACCCUUGUAAAAACUUUUGUGUAAAUGAUAUUCUAAUAUAUAUUUUUUCUACUAAUGUAUAGUGUCAUAUAUACAUAUCUUUUCCCCAGUUAUGUCCCUUGAUAUGUAAAUUCAAAACAUAAUUGUACACAUUUCCUUUUCAUUUGCUGAGUGAUUGCUUGGAACCUCCAAAUAUUCUUUGUUAGAUUCUUAGUAUAAAAUAUAAAAACAGA